AGGUGACGUCAGUUCCCCCGUUCACAGAGAGCGAAACAAACAUGGCGAUAGACUCGAGUGGACGGAGGUUUACGCUUACUUUUCUCGUGUUUUCUUGUGUUUUUGCGGGCAGGGAAGCCGAGGCGGCCUUUUCGGAGACAAGAACCCCCCCUCGGAUACUGGGCUACAGGCUGGAGGAGAGCGACACGCCGGCAGAGACCUCCGAGAAAGGGGUUAUUCAGGUGACCGAGGGUAGUAAAAUCACCCUCCUCAGGUUCUAUGGGCUCCACUUGUCCCCGGAAUGCUCGAAGAUUGUCGGCUUCACGGAACUUUACUCCAGUGAUAAAGAGGAUGACGACUUCGGCGCUAUCAGCCUGCCAUUUAACAGGACUUGUCCCGAAAUCACGAAGGAUGUAGUAGUGAAGGGGUCCAUGGAUGUACGAAACCAGAACACCUCCGGGCUGGUCAGCUUCCACAUCAAGCAGCUCCGCAAGAGCGAGAUGGUGAAGGUGUUCGGCUUGUGCAUCCAGGACCCCCAGGACAAGGAGUGGUACCUGCUGGACGACAAAGACGGCAGACUGAGGGUGGUGGAGGAGAAAAAGUCCCUGCUCCCCGUGUGGCUACAGGUGAUCCUCAUCUCCUUCCUGCUGGUGCUGUCCGGUAUGUUCAGCGGGCUCAACCUGGGGCUGAUGGCGUUGGACCCGAUGGAGCUGCGCAUCGUGCAGAGCUGCGGCACCGAGAAGGAGAAGAAGUACGCGCGGAAGAUCGAGCCCAUCCGCAGGAAAGGGAACUAUCUCCUGUGCUCGCUGCUCCUCGGUAACGUCCUGGUCAACACCACCCUCACCAUCCUCCUGGACGACCUGAUCGGCUCGGGGCUGGGCGCCGUGGUCGCCUCCACGGUGGGCAUCGUUAUUUUCGGGGAGAUCGUCCCGCAGGCGCUGUGCUCCCGACACGGCCUCGCGGUCGGAGCGAACACCAUCAUGGUUACCAAGUUGUUCAUGUUGUUGACUUUCCCUCUGUCGUGGCCUAUCAGUAAGCUCCUGGACUUCGUGCUGGGUCAAGAGAUCGGCACCGUGUACAACCGGGAGAAGCUGGUGGAGAUGCUGAAAGUCACCGAGCCUUACAACGACCUGGUGAAGGAGGAGCUCAACAUGAUCCAAGGCGCGCUGGAGCUCAGGACCAAAACAGUGGAGGGUGUCAUGACAGCGAUCGGCGACUGCUUCAUGAUACACAGCGACGCCGUUCUGGACUUCAAUACCAUGUCCGAGAUCAUGGAGAGCGGAUACACCAGGAUACCUGUGUACGAGACCGAGAGGUCCAACAUCGUGGACAUCCUCUACGUCAAGGACCUGGCCUUCGUGGACCCGGACGACUGCACCACCCUGAAGACCAUAACCAAGUUCUACAACCAUCCGGUCCACUUUGUGUUUCACGACACCAAGCUGGACUCCAUGCUGGAGGAGUUCAAGAAAGGAAAAUCUCACCUGGCCAUCGUCCAGAAGGUGAACAACGAGGGGGAGGGAGAUCCUUUCUACGAGGUGGUGGGGCUGGUCACCCUAGAAGACGUGAUCGAGGAGAUUAUCAAAUCGGAGAUUCUGGAUGAAUCAGAUCUUUACACUGAUAACCGUAACAGGAAAAAGGUUGCACCCAAUAAGAAUAAGAGAGACUUCUCUGCCUUCAAACACGAGAGCGAAUCAAAAGUGAAGGUCUCGCCUCAGCUGCUGCUCGCUGCUCAUCGCUUCCUUGCUACAGAGGUGAGCUUGUUCAGCCAAUCACAGGUGUCAGACAAAGUGCUGCUGAGAAUCCUGCGCCAUCCAGACGUGAUCCAGGAGAUCAAGUUCAACGACAACGACAAGCGCUCAUCCCAUCACUACGUCUACCAGAGGGGCAAGCCCGUGGACUACUUCGUCCUCAUCCUGCAGGGACGUGUGGAGGUGGAGGCCGGCAACGAGAACAUGAAGUUUGAGACCGGACCUUUCUCCUUCUACGGCGUCAUGGCGCUCAAUGCUCCCACGCUGGUGGCUGCUCCUCGUCCUUGCCUUCUCUCCUUUAAGAGGUUUUCUCUGUUCUCUCGGUUGCCAGGUAAAACAGUUUCCUAUGACUCACUGAGGCCCCCUGCAGGACGACUCGCACUCACUGAGUUUCGUUCGCCGUCCAACGUCAGCGGGUUGAACCGCACGGCCUCUCUGAGUGGAGCCGACAGGACGGAGUCGCUCUCCGUCAGUGGCAGCAGCAGCCAGCUGAAUAACAGCAUCCCGUCGCAGCAGUACACACCAGACUUCUACGUCCGAGCACUCACAGACCUGCAGUUUGUCAAGAUCACACGGUCCCAGUACCAGAAUGGCCUGAUGGCGUCUCGUCUGGACAGCACGCCACAGUCCCCAGAGAGCGGCCACAACAUUGCCCGCAUGGAUCAGACCACUCCCCCUGCCACCACUGUCAACAUCCCCAUCACGGACCUGGGAACAGACUCCACCCCCAUGGAGAACGGGCCGGACGAGACGACGCUCCUCCUCCUCAAUGAGCAGAACUCUCCGCACACAGCCAACCACCACAGCCAGCUGGAGAACAGCAUCUGACCCCCUGUCAUACGUCUUUCUGCUACGUUUGCACGCAUGCACUACUACGCCAGAAUGUAUGCUGAGGAAGGGAGAAGCAUGCGUGCGUCUGUGUGUCAGGGCGGAUGCAGAUACAUGCUUUUGCACAGCUGGCAAUACAUACAGAGACAAGCCAUGUGCAUGCAUAUUGUGUAAAUAUGCAAGGAUUUAACACAACGCUAGCAGACAGACAUGCCAAAGUGUAUGUUUUCCAUCACGAACAGACUUAAAACACAACACUCAUUUAUGGUAGAGAGGAGUACCUGUAUGUGUGUGUCUGUAUGUUUCCACAUGCUCCUUAUUGUAUUAUCAAACAUCUUAAGGACCUGCUUGACUGGACCAGAAAGCUCCUUCUCCUCUCUCUCGCCCAUCAACAUUUUCUGUGUGCGUGUUGCUUCCAAUUUCUUGUUCCUAUUCAGAGACUCAGGGAGACCCCUUACCCAACCACCCUGCGUGUCGCAUGUGUAGCAGCCUGCAACCCCCUCCCCAACACCCAUACAGCUAGAAGACAAAGACGACCCAAGCAUGUCAGCAGAGUUCACACAAAUUAAUAUAUGUUCCUUAAAAACCUAUAGUGAGAUAUUUAUUGAAAAUUCUGUGAGAGAUGAACACACGAGAGACUUUUAGUGACUACUUUUCAGGCGGGGAUGGGUGGGAGGGGUUUGGGGUGGAUUUAUAAAAAUAUAUAAAUAUAUUUUCCUUCUUGUUUCCUGGAUAGAAUCAGUGAUUAGCCGAGAGCCUUUAUCCCAGAGCUGUUAAUAAAUUCAUCAGCAAUUGACAGCCUGUCUGUACCGUGAUUAAGACAAUCGAUCAUUAUGAAUGUGGUAAAUUAAGUGUGUAGGGUAUAUUAACUGUUGCAGACCCUCUUCUCUUGGUGAGAUCUUUUAUAUUUGACCUGUGAAAAAUGUCAUGAUGAGCAGUUUCCGUCUCAAAAAGGUUGUAGGUGUUUACUGAUAAGAGAGGGUGAUUUGUAUGUGCAUACGUAUGUGUGUUUGUUUAUGACCAAAAUGGCCGUCACAACACUUGGCGGCAACAGAAACCAAAAGAGGAAAGCUUGAUCACAUUCUGAUUAGAAAAUACUAGAAGAUCUGAGACUUUUAUUUAUUGAGGUGUGUGUGCGUGCAUAUAUCCUUUUGUUGUAUGAGGGAGAAAUGUGAUUUUUAUUUUUGCCUCGUGAAAUUUUACAUGUUUAAUGAUCAUUUGAUUUGGUUGCGUUUGGGUUCCUUUUUUAUUAUCUGUUCUGUGAGGGGGUCACUCUUGUCAUACUGAACAGCUGACACAUUUUUUGUUUCGUGUGUUUCUGCAGACACACCGUUCAACCCUGGCCUCAGCCAAUUUCAUGGGAAACAAUUUUGUAUAUUUACUGAUUUUCACAAGGUCUUUUUUCACAGAAAUGCACACACUCCAGUUUUAUUUUACUGUAACUUCUGGUGAGAUUUAAAAGGAAAAUCAAUCCUUAAAACUCAAGUUCUGUGUCUUGACUGAAUUUUCUUUGCCUGAUUUUAAGCAGAGCCACAGUGCUGUUUCUUUUUUUUUUUGUGUGUUUUUGAAGUACAUCAAGAAAAGUGAUUAAUACGUUGGAUUCUGUUCUGAAAGCCAAAGAGAGACAGCUGGGACACACACUAACUACAUGUACCAGAAUGCAAUGCAGCCACAUGAAAAGUUGUGUUUUUAGUAAGUUUCACCCCUGGAUUUACUCACGUCUUUUCUGCUUCGCUUUGAGUAUCUCUGCAAGUACAUUUUUCAUGUUUUUCACAUAAAUCACAGGUGAAUCACAGGAGUUGCCCUCUGCUCUUCUCUCUAAAUGUUGUGCAGAAAGGGAUUUGGGGAAAUGAUAGGACAUCAGGAGAAGAAGACGACACAUGAGCUGUAGGGAAGUGGCUUCACCACAAGAACCAACCAUAAUUUUAACACUUUUAUUGAAGUUUCUGAUCUUCUAAGAUAAAAUCCCUACUUUUGACCACACAUUUUGUAAUCACUAAAGUCCAUCUCUGUCAACAAACAAACUGUGUGAAAGUAAAGCUAAGGAAGCCCUAUUUUGGUUUUGGUUGACCUCUUUUCUACCUGUCAGAGGAAUGAUGAAGCACUUUUUUUCUGUUAUCACAACUAAUCUGAAACUGAAGCUUGGUAUCAUUUCUGUUUUCGUGUGAAUUUGGAAUUACUUAAUAUCUCGAGGAAGCUUAAACGUCACAAGCCCUCUGAAAACAAAAGCACAAAAAAAACUGAAACAUUUUCAGGACUCUUUGCUGAUUAUGAAAAUGAAAAAGCAAUUUAACAAAUGAAAAAGCAAUAUAAGCACUCACCCAGCAUCCUGAAGUCCUGCAUUUGAGUAUGGGAAUAUGAAAAGUAACUAACAAAAAUUGACAAGUUGUUUAAUGCAUUUUGUCUUUCAAACAGUAUGCCAGUGAUUUAUCUUCAGGUUGCAAAUAUUUGAGCUGAAUUUGAUGAUUUGUCUUUUAAAUAUUUCAGUUAUUUUACAUCCAGUUUAUUAACAUCCAAGUCAUUUAAAUAGAAUUAAUUUUGAGGCUUUUUUACACAGUGCUGUAAUGAAGUUUGACUCGAUGUGCUGAAAGCAGUACAAUUUGAGUCCAAUUGAACUUUUCCUUGAAAAUAAUGCUGUACUGACAAUUGUAUUUUAACUUGAAAUGUUCAGUCACACAAUUCAUAUUUCACAACAACUGAAUAAAAAAGGCAGACUAGACUUUUAAAUAAUAUCAUAUCAUUGAGUUAAAUUUCAGUGAAGCCAAGAUUGCACACUUCAAUUUCAGGAAAAGUUAAUAAUUAAAGUAUGAGUAAGUAGGAUGGAAUACAUCUGAACUCAUUAAUAUUGGCUCCUCAUGAUUUGGGGGAUUCAUGAAAGUUAAGUUUAAUAUUUUGUGACCAAUACGGUUGUUGAAUGACAAAACAACAGUAACCCAGUACUAGAUACAAAAUAUCUAGCUAUUUAUUUUAUCACAACCAGCUGAUGACAUUUUUGUCUGUUGUAGUCACUGAAACUGGUUAGGACUCCUGUUAACAUAUUUGCAUACGGUAAGUUUCUAAAGAUAGCUUGUAUUUGCAAAACAUCUGCUAAACUAGCUGGCUUGAGAACACCUUGAGCAAAAUUUUGUUCAGUUUAUCUUGAAGGUGUUUUCUUAAAUUCUGAAAAGCAGCAGCACUUUUCUGGGAUUUAGUGCCCAUAACAACAUAACUGAAAGAUAUCUGGGUUUCAGCUGUAGGCUACUUGAUGGUAGAGUUGAGCUCUUGCACAGUAGCUAUAGUUUGAUUUGUUAGCAUUUGAAAACCACAACAUUUAACAACAAGCAUUAUGUAUAAGGGUAUAGGGGGAGUCAACGCCUUUUUUGAUAAGUUAAAUUAACUGCACAAACCAAAACAAAGCUAAAGGCAGCUGCUGCUCGCAGACAUAGCAAUCUGUGUAAAUAUUGGACUCAAACACUGGUUUCUUCAUUGAAACAUUGUAUUGCCUCGGUCUGACUGUUGACACCUGUGAUCUUGUGAAUUUACCUUUAAACAUACCGCUUGCUGCUUUUUUGUUCAUUGUGGGGUAUUUUUGCUCUAAGAGACGUGUAUGGAGUACCAAUGUCACAAAAAGGGUAUGUUGUUGGCAGUUUAGUUGUGGAUUGUGUUUUAAACUGUUUGAGCAAUAUGUCUAAACCUUUUGAUAAAAUCCCAGGGAGUAAAAGUUCAUAAUAUUUGAUAAAAAUAGCUUUAUUUCGAGAGGAACUUAUGCACUACCCAUAGCCUAUUAUAACAUAUCAAUAUCUAUAUUUUACUCAACUAAUGUGGUUCCUUUUUUGUAUAGCCAUUCAUCUUCUGUAAAAUGUUUUAUUUUAUAGAUAUUUUAAACAUGAACUUCUGCUUUUGUAAGUGAAGAAAAUACAGUAUAUACAGCCCAUUGGAAAUGAAAGCACUUCAGCAUAGACAGCAGUAUUUUCCCCCAAAAGUUGCAGGCAAAGUCGCUCUGUGUUAAUACAGUUACUGACCAGGAUUUCAUAAUCACCUUGUUUGCAGACUCCUUAACACGAAACAGCUUUUCAUAAAUAACUCUGUCUUGUCUCAAAAACAAGAAGCUAAAGGAACUUGCUGACCGUUCUGUUGCCUUCACUGUCUUCAAACAACUGUACUGGAUCAUUUUUGUGCUCAUUCCUGAGUUAUUUUUCACAAACCCACACAAACUCUCAAUCCACUUUUUGUUGCUUUUGGAUGAUUUUUAUGACUGAGAUUGUUGUUGAUUUUGUGCUUACUAAUGUUCAUGUUGGAGCACGCCAAUCCCCCCCUCCCCCUCCCUUACUCCUGUUCAAUUGUUCUGGGUUCUGGGUUUUGGGUCAUUGUGUGUGUGUGUGCGUGCCUGUGUGCCUGUGAUUCACAGCUGUUUUCUUGUUUUUGUACCAUAACACUGUCAGUAAUUGUGGGAAACAAAAAUCUUUUUUUUUAUUUGUGGAAUUGGGUUUGGGGUCGAAGAGCAACCAGUGUUGUGUUAGGGGGAAUAAAUGAAUUGUCCUUCAUUCUCUCUGGCAUGCUUUAACUUAAAACAACAACAAAGAAACAAGGUGUAAAUACUGUUUUAUAAUCCCUGUCUUAAUGAGCUUUGAAGAUGAAGAAACUUAUUAAUAAACAUGAGAUAUAUUUCUCUAUG